AUGAGUUCAAUCCGCCGAAUGUCCCCGACGGACCUCCUGUCUUUGAAUCUCACGAACCUCGACCCCCUCACCGAGAACUAUGACCUGGGCUUCUACCUCAAUUACAUGAUGCGAUGGCCCUCGCUCUUUAGCAGCGUCAAGGACCGCAAAGAGGGAAUUGUCGGAUACAUCAUGGGCAAGCUCGAAGAACAGCACCCCUCCAUGCGCCAUUCAGAACACUAUACCCCAUGGCACGGACACAUCACAGUUCUAACCGUUGCGCCGGCCUGGCGCCGCCUCGGCCACGCCCGCCGACUCACCGAGCGUCUCGAGCAAGGGUCCGACAUCAACAAUGCGUGGUUCGUGGAUUUGUAUGUGCGGGCGGGGAAUAAGAUAGCGGUGGAUAUGUACAAGGGAAUGGGGUACUCGAUCUUUCGGCGAGUCGUCAAUUACUACAGCGAUGACCCGACGGGAAUGUCGGAAUCUGGAGAGGAUGCGUUUGAUAUGCGCAAGCCGUGCAGUCGGGAUAAGAAGCUGGAGCAUAUAAGAGAGAAUGGGGAGAAUUUCCCGGUUAGUCCGACGGAUGUUUCUUGA